CGCACAAGCUUUGUCUCCCUCUCCCACUCACUCACUUUCUUUUCUUUCCACAGCGGGAACAUCCUUCUUUCCGUCCUCCUCCCUCAUCCACUUCCUUUCUUCUUGUCUCACAUGAUGGGACGACCACCCAGCCUCCCCUUCGUCCUCCUCCUUUUCCUCCCCUGUCUGUCUCGGGCUCACAGGUCAAACCCCGAGGAUGAAAAGCCGUCCUGUGAUCGCUGCGACCGGCGGCUCUCUUGUAACUGCACCUACGGAGGGUUCACCCGGGUUCCCACGGUGACGGACGGCGCCCUGACCCUUGAUCUCUCCUUUAACAACAUCUCGGAGGUGACUGACGACGACCUGAUCGGCCACGCCCACUUGAGGGCUCUAAGUCUCCACGGUAACACGUUAACUGUGAUCCAGCCCUCGGCUUUCGACGCUCUGUGGAACCUGGAGGAGUUGGAUCUGUCCAACAAUCGGCUGACUGCUCUCAACCACACCUGGUUCCAAAAACUAGGAGCCCUGCAGAAGCUCAACCUAGUGGGUAAUCCAUACAGGUCGCUGGGUUCUUCUCUACUGUUUCAGGGGCUGGUCAGGUUGAGGAAGCUGGCGUUUGGCAGUGAUGAUCUGGUGGAGCUGAGAAGAGGACAUCUGACAGGAGUCAGUCAGCUGGAGGAGCUCACUGUGCAUGCCAACAACCUGCAGAGGUAUGAUGCUGGCACUUUAGCAGGCAUUUGGCCUUUGGGUCGUGUCACUUUGAGCCUCCACGGGCCGUUUCUUAACAACACGGCGCUGGCAUCAGAUUUGCUCGGUGAUGUGUCCUACCCUGAGACACCCAUGGUUCUCUUAGACCUCCACCUGAUUGGGAAUGAGUCCAUUCAGCCCUUCAGAGAGACAAGUAGGAGGAGAGUAAGGUUUCUGACCACCUAUAACCUCUCCGUGUCUGAUGAGGCAAUAGUUGAGCUCCUGAAGGUGUCUGAUGGAGCACCGCUCACCUAUAUGGCGGUGAACAAUGCCAGGCUAACGGGUGAAGGCAGGUGGGAACGAGCCAAGGAGACCGACCACAAGAACAUAGAUGAGUUCUUCAUACGAGAUGUGGUGAUAUUGAACGUUUGGAAGUUUGUCUCUUUCAUGGAUCUAGGGUUUCUGCUGCAGUACCCCAGGAGGGUGUCAGUCAUCGGCGCCAAGGUGUUUUUGUUGCCCUGUAAUUCCACCCGUCUCCUGAAGAACCUGCAGUAUCUGGACCUGACUAACAACCUCCUGACUGACAUGACCCUGGAGCAAACACUGUGCAAUGGAGACGGCACACUGAAGAACCUCAGGGUUUUGAACUUCAGCGGCAAUGCUCUGAAGUCUCUUUCCACACUGAGCCACCUGGUCGCUAAGCUCGAUAAACUGGCCCAUCUGGACGUCAGCAGGAACGGGUACAACGUCAUGCCCACACACUGCACUUGGCCCUCAACCCUGCAAUACCUCAACAUCUCCGGGUCAAAACUCACUGAAGUCACCGCUUGCAUGCCCAAAACCCUGCAGGUGUUGGAUCUCAGCAACAACGACCUCCAGACCUUCCUCGUGGACCUGCCUGCCCUGAGAGAGCUCUACCUCUCUGGGAACAAGUUACAGAAUCUGCCCAAUGGAUCGAAGUUCCCAAAUCUGCAAUCAUUGACAAUACAGUCAAACACCCUGAGCAUUUUUCACGAUUCGGAGUUGAAGUCUUACCAGCGGCUCACCAACCUCCAGGCCGGUCAGAACAAGAUUUUAUGCUCCUGCGAGUUCGUCAACCUCCUCCAGAUGAGCUUUAGAGGACAGGGAGCCGUUGCUUUAACAGAUGAGGAAGAGAACUACAUCUGCGAUUCUCCUCUCCCCUUGCAGGGAGAGCAGGUGGGUCAAGUCCACCUCUCCAUUGCCUACUGCCAUCAGGUUCUGGUUGUGUGUGUGUGCUGCGGCGUGGCACUCGUAAUAAUGGUUGUGCUGGUAGUCGUGCUGUGGCGUAUCCAUGCAUUCUGGUAUGUCAAGAUGACAUGGGCGUGGCUGAAGGCCAAGCGUAGCUCCAGCUCCCGCCGACGCCGGCAGAACAGAGAUGGAACUGAUUCAGAACCGUUGCUAUGCUACGACGCUUUUGUCUCAUACAGUGAGAGAGAUGCCAGCUGGGUGGAGGAAUACCUCGUUCCUGAGCUGGAGAACCCGAGGGACGAGAAAGAUGAAACAGCAGCAACAGCAGCAGCAAAUGACAAGCCCUUGCAGGCCUUCUCCCUGUGUCUCCACAAACGAGACUUCCUUCCAGGACAAUGGAUCGUGGACAACAUCAUGAGCGCCAUGGAGCGCAGCCGGCGGACCGUCUUCAUCCUCUCUGAGAACUUUGUCAGCUCCGACUGGUGCCGCUACGAGCUGGACUUCUCGCACUUUCGCCUUUUCGAUGGCAAAGACGACGGCGAUACAGCCAUCUUGAUCCUGCUGGAGCCGCUGUCUAAGGACGACAUCCCCAAGCGCUUCUGCAAACUCCGCAAGCUCAUGAACUCCACAACCUAUCUGGAGUGGCCGCAGGAGGAGGAGAAGAGGCCCGAGUUCUGGGGGAGCCUCCGCAACGCCUUGAGAGGUGACGAUGAAGAGGAGCCGUGAGAUAGGACGAAGGAUGUAAGUGCGGAGGAAGGGAGAGAAGAGAGAAGCCGAAGAUGAGGGCCUGGAGGUGCAAUGAGAGGAAAAAUACUUUUGGGCAUAGGAUGCAUUUUACUCAUUAGGGUGAACAAAAUAAAGCUUGUUUCCACAUUUUGUUCAUUCGUGCACAGAAGAUAGUUUAUUCCCUCAAUUUAAUUAAAUCAAUUUCAUGUAACGUUAGUGAGAGCCAGCCAAAGAGACAAGUACAAAGUAAUAGGUAGAAUAAAAAAAAGUGUAAAUAGUUUACACAUGGUAAUGAUUUAACCGCAGGGGUGAACUAAAUCUUAUAAACAUGAGCAUGAAUUGUAUGCCCAAGUUAGUAAAAUGUGGCGUCUUUAUUUGUUUUAUUAUUCAAAAUGAUGUUUUUCCCGACUUUUCUCAUUCUGUGACAAACCACCUUUGAUGAAUCUGAUGUAGAAAGAGCAAAUUCCUGAGCUUCAGAAAGUUUAUUGGUUGGCAUUCAGGUGUGGGUGCAGAAUAAUAAAAAUUACACUAGA